AAAAACCUGUGAACAUAUUUGCUGGAUUAAGUUGUAAAAUGCUUUUUUGCAAGUAUUUUUAAAAAAAAAUCACAAAACUACAUAUUAUUACUUUAUGUUCACACUUUUCUUGCCUUUGAGUCUAAGAAGGAGGCUGAUUGGAGGUUGUCAGGGCAACAGUAAACAACCACCACUGACACGGGUGGUUCUCAACUGGCAUUGAGGUUUAAACACUUGUGGAUAUCAGCUGAAAGGACGAAAUCUGUCAGAGUUGGCCGACUACGACGUAACCGUGCUGGUGCCAGAAUGGAGCCCACUGGGUCUGGUCGGUCUGUCCAUCUGAGCCAAGAGACUAACGGACACGGUUCUCCACAUCAAAGCGUAGCACAUCCCAAGGUCAAAGCUAGCCUUCCUGACCUUCAUCCAGGCACACAGAAGUCCGCCAAGGCCUUAGCAGUCAAAGCUAUCAAGAUGCACAAGAUAUUUUCCAUUCAGGGCCCAUACCCAGUGAUCAGGGCAGCUUUGAGGGCUAGAGGCUGGGUCGAGCAGCCCCUGCAAUGCUCCAAGCAGCCGCGUCAGAGCCGUGGGAGCAGGUCCAGUUCAAAUGAUGUCUGCACCAGCGAUGAUGAUAACACAGACUAUGCUGAGAGAGAACAGGAGCACGACGAACUACACAGUCUAGUGUCUCAUUAUGUGCAGAAUGAAAUGGUUUAUUUCUACUGGCUGAACCGCAGAAAUGCCAUAGACACCACCUGCCUGCAGAAAAAACAGAUCAUAAAUCACUUUGCAAGGACAGACAGCUUCACCACCAAGGUUGGGUUGUGUAUGAACUUGAGAAACCUGCACUGGUUUGCUACAGCUGACCCUGACACCUUCUUCCCUCGCUGUUACAAGCUUACAGCUGAAGACGAGAGGCACGCUUUUAUUGAGGACUACCGACGAACAGCGUGCACCAGUCUUCUGAAGUACACUGUGGAGCAGGGGCAAAGCGAGGAGACAAAUCCCAACUCUCAGAGUGUUCAAGGUCAGAGGAAUGGGAAAAACAAGGAAUUUAAUCCGCUUCCCCUUUCCCAAAUGGUCAACAGUGCGCUCGUUAUAUGCCAUGAGUACUUGGGGAGUCUGGAGCACAGUGACAUCGACACAAACACAAAGUCAUUUACAGAAAAGGAGUGGACAGAGUUUCUCAACAGUUACUACCUUUUUGUUCAUGGUAGAGCACAGACCAAGAUCAGUGAGGAUUUGUUCAGCUGCUGCAAGGCCAUGCUGCAGAGACUGGAGAAAGUCAGUCCACAGUUAAGCAUAGGCGGCAUGCAAAACCUCUGGAUCAUCAAACCUGGAGCAAAGUCCAGAGGCAGAGGUAUUAAAUGCAUGAAACGUCUCGAUCAGAUCCUAACGUCGGUGGACAUCGAUCCAAAACUUCCCAGUAAAGACAAGUGGGUGGUGCAGAAGUACAUCGAGCAGCCCUUCCUGGUCCAUGGCACCAAGUUUGAUGUGCGACAGUGGUUUCUGGUCACCGACUGGAACCCUCUCACUGUGUGGUUCUAUAAUAAGUGCUACUUACGCUUUUCUACACAGCUUUACUCUCUUGACAAACUGGACAGCUCUGUGCACUUGUGCAACCACUCUAUUCAGAAAAGCCUGAGUCCUGCUCAGCAACGCCAUCGAGGCAUUCCAGCAGACAACAUGUGGUCGGAUGAGCAGUUCCGGGACUUCCUGGCCAGCCGAGGCCAGGAAGCUCUGUGGGAGACUGUAGUCGUCCCAGGAAUGAAGAAAGCUUUAAUCCACACCUUACAGACAACACAGGAUGCGACAGAGUCUCGCAAAAAUACAUUUGAGCUGUUUGGUGCAGAUUUUGUGUUUGGUCAGGACCUGCAUCCCUGGCUAAUUGAAAUCAACUCCAGCCCCACCAUGGCUCCCUCGACCACUGUGACCGCUCGCCUUUGCGCUGCUGUGCAGAAGGACACGUUACGAGUCAUUCUGGACCGAAAACGUGACUGCACUGCAAACACGGGAGACUUUCAGCUUAUAUAUGAGCAGGCAGCAGUGGAAGCCCCAGCCUACACAGGAGUCAACCUGCGCGUCGAGGGCCUCGCUGUUCAAAGGCUCUGCCGUCUUCCUCCACUGGGGUCGUCCCGUCAUUCAGCAGCAAAACGAAACAGAAAGGAAAACGCUGCAGCAAAGAAAGAGACAUCUUUGCUUAAGGUGUCUGUGGAGAAAGAGGCACUGAAGAACAACAAAGUUCCUCUUCAUCCAACCAAGAUCAAACUCAACCUGCCAACGACAGUAAACAAGUCUUCUUUGAGUGAAAAGUCACAUUCUGAGUCAAACUGGAAGAGACAAGCAGAUGUUAAACAUGUGCAUCUGGACAGCGUUCAGCUUUCGAUUACAGAGAAAUACAAAGUUUCUUUGCUCCAGGACGCGACUGCUCCUAAACUUCCCAGAUUAGCAGUGAAGCACUUUGCAAAUGCAUAAGAAAAUAAAAUAAAAACCUCCACGAUUUUA